UCCGGGAUCGCGAGGCGGCGGCGGCGGCGGAGGAGGAGGAGCGAGGAGGGUGGCGGGGAGGGGAGAAUGUUGAAGUUCCUGAAAGGAGUCGUCGGUGGAUCCGGCACCGGAGUCAAGGAUCUCCCGUACAACAUCGGGGAGCCCUAUUCCUCCGCCUGGGGCUCCUGGGUCCACUGCCGCGGCACCUCCAAGGAUGAUGGAUCUCCCGUUUCUAUAUUCUCCCUUUCGGGGAACAAUCCCCAGGAUGGACAUCUAGCUGCUGGUCGAAAUGGUGUCAAACGUCUCCGAACUGUGAGGCAUCCGAAUAUACUAUCAUUUCUCCAUAGUACUGAAGCUGAAGUUCUUGAUGGUGCUGCCACGAAAGUUACCAUUUAUAUUGUCACAGAGCCUGUGAUGCCUUUGUCUGAAAAGAUAAAGGAAUUGGGUUUAGAAGGUACUCAGAGGGAUGAGUACUAUGCAUGGGGGCUAAAUCAAAUUGCUAAAGCAGUGAGCUUCCUUAAUAAUGAUUGUAAACUUGUUCAUGCUAAUGUAUGUGUGGCAAGUGUUGUUGUCACUCAGACUUUGGACUGGAAGCUGCAUGCUUUUGACGUUCUAUCUGAGUUUGAUGGGAACAAUCCUACUGCAACUGGACCUAUGCUGCAAUAUGAAUGGCUCGUUGGAUCACAAUACAAACCAAUGGAGUUGGUAAAGUCUGACUGGGCUGCCAUUAGAAAAUCUCCGCCAUGGGCCAUUGACUCAUGGGGAUUAGGCUGUCUCAUAAAUGAACUUUUCUCCGGCAUGAAGUUGAGCAAAACAGAGGAGUUGCGCAACACUGCUUCUAUUCCAAAGUCUCUGCUUCCAGAUUAUCAGCGGCUCUUGAGUUCCAUGCCUUCUCGCAGGAUGAAUACAUCAAAGCUUUUAGAGAAUAGUGAAUAUUUUCAAAAUAAACUGGUGGAUACAAUACAUUUCAUGGAAAUUCUCAAUCUAAAGGAUAGUGUUGAGAAAGACACCUUCUUCCGCAAGCUGCCAAAUUUAGCUGAGCAGCUUCCUCGGCAAAUUGUUUUGAAGAAGUUACUUCCUUUAUUAGCUUCUGCCCUUGAAUUUGGUUCAGCUGCUGCCCCUGCAUUGGCUGCAUUGUUAAAAAUGGGUUCCUGGCUCUCUACUGAAGAAUUCAGUUCCAAGGUACUGCCCACAAUUGUUAAGCUUUUCGCCUCCAACGACCGUGCUAUUCGAGUUGGUCUCCUCCAGCACAUUGAUCAGUAUGGAGAGUCAUUGUCAGCUCAAAUUGUUGAUGAGCAAGUUUAUCCUCACGUGGCUACUGGAUUUUCUGAUACAUCUGCCUUUCUGCGAGAAUUGACACUGAAAUCUAUGCUCAUUCUCGCUCCUAAGCUUUCUCAGCGAACAAUUUCAGCAUCUUUACUGAAGUACCUGUCCAAGUUACAGGUGGAUGAAGAACCAGCAAUAAGAACCAACACCACGAUAUUACUUGGAAACAUAGCGAGCCAUCUAAAUGAAGGGACAAGGAAAAGAGUGUUGAUCAAUGCAUUUACAGUCCGUGCACUGCGUGAUACUUUCUCUCCUGCCAGAGGAGCAGGAAUCAUGGCUUUAUGUGCGACAAGCUCGUAUUAUGACACUACUGAAAUUGCAACUAGGAUUCUUCCAAACGUUGUUGUUUUAACCAUUGAUCCUGAUAGUGAUGUUCGAUCAAAGGCAUUUCAAGCAGUUGACCAGUUUUUACUGUUAUUGAAGCAAUAUUAUGAGAAGACAAGUUCUGGGGAUACCACUGGAAUUAGGAGCACUGGAACUUCUUUAGACCUUGGAAAUGCAGGUUUACUUGGAUGGGCAAUGAGCUCCUUGACUCUCAAAGGAAAACCUUCAGAACAAGCACCAGUUGCAACUGCGACCUCCAGCACUACUCUUACUUCUUCAGCUUCCACUCCCAGCUUUGUUUCAGGCGUGGAGACUCCAAGUAACACAAUAGUUCAUGCUAGUUCCAUCACAGACUUGUCUGAUCAGCCCAUACCUGAGUCACCGACAUCAACUGAUGGUUGGGGAGAAGUGGAGAAUGGAAUUCACGAAGAGCAUGAAAAUGACAAGGAUGGUUGGGAUGAUAUUGAACCCCUUGAAGAGCCAAAGCCAUCCCCUGUUCUUGCUAGCAUCCAUGCAGCUCAGAAAAGACCAGUAUCGCAACCUGUUUCACAAUCCAAGCCACCAGUCACAAGUUUGAGGCCGAAGAGCACGGCGAAAGUCCCCAAAGAUGAAGAUGAUGAUUUGUGGGGAUCCAUAGCGGCACCAGUUCCAAGGAGCGCCUCGAAACCUAUGACUGUGAAAACUGCUGUAACAGCGGAUGACGAUCCGUGGGCUGCCAUAGCCGCUCCUCCGCCUACCACCACCGUCAAGCCUUUAGCGGCCAGUAGAAUCCGAGGAGCUAAACCCGCCGCUUCAAAAUUGGGUGCACAGAGAAUAAACCGGACAUCAUCAUCCGGAAUGUAAAUCAGACAAAUCAAGAAACAGGAACACGAGAAAAGAUCUUGGAGCCUGUACAUUUUUGUCUUGGGGGUGUGGUCAACCAUUCAUAGCAAGGAUCGACGCGCAUCCGGCUCGCGCGCGAUAAUUUUUUUUUUCCGGCAAAAUUUAUCAUGUGUAUUAUUUCAUUUGUAAUAUCAUUUGUAACCAUCAUAUAGAAUGUCGUCAUUCUUUUCUCACAGUACGUAGUCUAAGUGUGGCUAUGAGGAAUUUCAACUGGCAAGGUUUCUGGUUGUGAACUUGUAAUGUGAUGGGCCUUUUCGGCUGGACCAAUCAAUAGUUCUGCUUAACAAA